AUGGAAAUAGCUGGGGACAUGGACGACCCAGACAUAGUCCUGGCCACCAUGAGGGACCUGCUGCAGCAGGGGCCACUGGAGGCAGCAGCCAGGGCCACCCUUGGGGACAGCCUGUGGAUCCUGUGGCUCAAUGUCACCAGCAACAGUUCCGUGGCUGAGAGCCUGGGGGGACUUCCAGGGGGAUGCGUGGACAUCAUGGUUCUGCACUCCCUGCAGUGCCUGGAAGUGGCGCUGUCGGAGCCUGGCCCGGGGGUCCCCCAGUCCUUGAUUGUGGGGGACGUGGACGGGACCCCCUGGGAGCGCUGGGGCAGCGAGCGGGGCCGGAUGGAGCCGCAGAGAGCGGGGAUGGGGGCAAGAGCUGAGCUGGGAUACUGGGAUAGCCAGAGCCGGGACAGGGAGCAGCGCUGGGAAUGUAGGGAAUGUGGGAAGAGGUACAGGCACAGCUCCCACCUCUACCACCAGCAGGUGCACACCACAGAACGGCCCUACAUGUGCUUGGAAUGUGGGAAGAGCUUCAGUGGUCGAUCCACUCUGACCUUCCACCAGAAGGUCCACACUGGGGAACAGCCCUAUGAGUGUUGCGAGUGUGGGAAAAAGGCUCGGAGCAGUUGGAUCUCCUCAAGCACCAGCACACCAGUGUCCCGAGGUAUCGCUCCCAGUGCCGCGCGGGACGGGGCCGCUUUGAAACCCGCCCAGGGCAGAGCGCGGCUGCUUUUGGGGCUCGGCACUGCCCGGGCCGAGCUGGGAGCGGAGGAGGAGCGGGAGGAAGAGGAGGGACAGAGGAGGAGGAGGGGUAGCCCCAAUCCCACGCGGUUUUCCCCGCUCCGGCCGCAGCUCCCCCUGUUCCGCCAGCAUCGCCCCCUCCAGGAGCGGCAGAGGAACCACACAGGGGAGAGGCCUUACAAGUGUGAUCAAUGCAAGAAGAGCUUUAUGAGCAGCGGUGAUCUCAUCGUGCACCAGCGCUCACACACAGAUGAGAGGCCCUUCCUCUGCCCCAACUGCGGGAAGCGCUUCAACCGCAUCUCCACCCUCAACAGGCACCGGCGCAUUCACAAUGGGGAGAAGCCCUAUCAGAAGAGGUUUUACAGCAAGUCCGAUCUUGUCAAGCACCAGCGUGUUCACACAGACGAGAGGCCCUUCCACUGCCCCGACUGCGGGAAGGGCUUCAAGCGCAACUACACCCUUGUUGUCCACCAGAGGAUCCACACUAGAUCACGGGGAUCUGAGGAGGAAAGACCCACCCUGGGCCUGGGAGGCGGCCGGAGCUUGGAGCUGGGGGUUGAUGAGCAGCUUCAGGAUGGGGAGAAGCCCCACAAGUGCUCAGAAUGUGGGAAGAUCUUCAGGUGGAGAUCCUCCCUGAUCCGCCACUGCAGAAUCCACACCGGGGAACGGCCCUACGAGUGUGGGAAGAGCUUCAACACCAGCUCUCACCUGAUUGUCCACCAGCGCAUCCACACCAGAGAAGCCCUAUGA